AUGGUCCCCCCUCCAGGUCUACGUCGACAGGGGAAGAACAUGGUGUGUCGACUCAACAAAUCUUUAUAUGGGUUGAAACAGGCAUCUCGCAAUUGGUUUUCAACAUUUGCACAUGCCUUACAAAAUGCAGGGUUUCGACAAUCAAGGGCAGAUUAUUCAUUAUUCACUCGGUUACAUGAAAAUUCAUUUACAGUUGUUUUGAUUUAUGUUGACGACAUGAUCAUUACAGGGAAUGAUGAAUCUGCCAUCCAUAAUCUCAAAAAUUUCCUGAGUAACAACUUUCGCAUCAAAGACCUUGGAAAUUUGAAAUAUUUUCUUGGUGUGGAAGUUGCUCGUUCUAAGAAAGGCAUUGCUAUCUCCCAAAGAAAAUAUACUCUUGAUCUUCUUGAUGAUGCUGGUUUACUUGGUGCACGUCCAGCAAAAUUUCCUAUGGAUCAGAACUUGAAAUUGACUACAACAGAUGGAGAGAUUCUCAAAGACCCUUCACGAUAUAGAAGGUUGGUUGGUCGUCUCAUUUAUCUCACAGUCACCGACAUCACAUAUUCAGUUCAUAUCCUCAGUCAAUUCAUGCAUCAACCUAGAAAACCCCAUUUUGAGGCAGCAUUACGAGUUUUAAGAUAUCUAAAAGGCACACCAGGUCAGGGUUUAUUGUUUCCAUCACAAAGUUCUUUAAAGCUAAAAGGUUAUUGUGAUGCAGAUUGGGGUGGUUGCCCCACAACAAGGAGAUCAGUUUCUGGUUAUUGUGUUUUCCUUGGUGAUUCUCUUAUCUCUUGGAAAUCCAAGAAACAAAGUGUUGUAUCUCGCUCAUCAGCAGAAGCAGAGUAUCGUUCUAUGGCCUCUGCUACUUGUGAGCUCACUUGGUUGAAAUAUCUUCUUCAAGAUUUACAGGUACAUCAUCCAGAACCUGCAAGGUUGGUUUGUGACAACCAAGCUGCUCUAUAUAUAGCAGCAAAUCCUGUAUUUCAUGAGCGCACUAAACACAUUGAAAUGGAUUGUCAUGUUGUUCGUGAAAGAAUUCAAAUGGGAGUGAUUGCAACAGCCUAUACGCCAUCUACCCAACAAGUUGCAGACAUAUUUACCAAGCCCCUAGGUGCUACGCUUUUCCAUUCACAUUCACGCAAGUUGGGCAUUUUAGACAUUCAUGCUCCAACUUGAGGGGGAGUAUUGAAAGUCACAAUGAAUAUAAUUGAUUUAUUAGCUUGAUUACAUGAGACUAAU